AGAUAAUACCCUCAUAACAAUUAUUGAAAUGACAAAUCCUUUUGCUGCACCAUUAACGGUUUAUACGAUGGAUUCAGAUUUUUCAGUUAAUGGAACGACACUUGGAUCAAUAUCACUAGAUCUAAAAGAUCAACCGAUCUUCGUUCCAGGCAAUUCCACUUCAAAACUUAGAUUUGAUGUUAAAAUGUUACUUGACCCUAUAUCAUUGAUUUCACUUACGAGAAAUUUAGCUAUAGCAAAGGGCAUGGAUGUUACGGUGCUUGACUUUUAUAUUGGAGCACUUCGUUUAAAUGUUCCUGGAGUUAAUGCUAAUGCAAUACCUACCAAUGGAACUGAUAUUACAACCUUUAUUAAAACAGCAUUAAAGGAAAUUCCCGCACAUGUCAAUUUAAAAGCUCAAGCUGCAAUUGGUGAAUAUUUUCUACCGUCGUUCGAAUAUCAACAAGAUGUUACCGCAGAAACAGAUGAUACCAUA